AUGAAAGUCAAUGGACUUUCAGAGACAUCUAAUGAAUCUGGUGGUGGACGAGAGCCAAAAACAGUGAACGAGAUUUUUGACCAGGCCACCCAGGAGGAAGAAUCUGGAGAUCGUUGGCUUUCGUCGGAUCUAUCAAAGGCUCUCAGAUUCUACCAGAGAGCCUAUUCUCUCUAUAUGCAAGCACUCAACAUUGAUGUUUCACAUCUUGACACCAGAUAUAAUGCAUCAAGACUUCUAUUCACCGUAUACACCGAGUAUAUUAAGAACGAGGGUGUCAAUUUGACUGAUUUGAAUAACUGUGAUUUGGCAUUGUCUCGAACUGAUGCCAGUGUCAUUCAGCCUCUUCAGAAUAUUUGCCAAUUCUUUCAGAUAUCUUUGGAGCUAGUGAGCCAAGCUUCGUCCAGAUUCGCUUGGGAUUUGUACUAUAACGCUGCUCUUUGCUAUUUUGAGUACGUCGAGGAAGAAACAAGAAACGGAUAUGAAACGAUGGCUCAGUUCUCUCAGGUUAUGGAUGCUAUGCAGAUAUCCCAAAGGCUUCUCUCGUCUGCACUUCAGUACCAAGUGAAAGAACUCAAGCAGUUUACUGAGAAGGUUGGCAAAGCAGAGCCGAUAAUUCAUUCUGAAGUACCAACGGCCCGUGAUACUAUUGCUGAGAUAGAAGACACUAUUCUACCAUCUACUGUCUUAGAAACGUGUCUCAACUGCUACAGAUUGGUAUCCACUUCAUAUGAAGACUCGUGGAGUGAAGAGCGGUUGUCCCUGGUAGCAAAUGCCUCUGAUGAGUUUAUUAAUGUCGUAGACUCGAUUUCUUCUGGUCUAUUGGAUAAUUAUACCAAUUCUUCUAAUGAAAUCGUUCCUUCGUUGACUGAAGAUGAAAUUAAUGAGCUCAAGAUAACAAAAAUAUCAUUUCUUGCCUCAAAAUCCUUAACAUUUGCAGAAUGUGAGGCUGUCUGGCAGUCAGAGCCACUGCUUGAUCUGGUGGAUAAACUUCUUCUUGAGGCUGGAUCUUAUAGGACGCUUUUGGAUAAGUUGGAUGAAUCUCUGGCCGUCGUCGACGACAAAUUGAAAUGGCAGGUUUUAAGUGUGAUGGAUACAAAGUAUAAGGAGUGUUAUAAAGUUCUUAAAAAGCAGCUUGAUCAGCUGAAAAAACGUUCAGUCGAAGAUACAGGAGAUGAUAAAAGUAAUAUUAUCAGUCAAAUAUGUUCAGUGUUCAUAGAACAGGCUGACAUAGAAGUAGAAAGAUCGAUGCUCGAAUCGGGACAGAAGUAUCAUGAUGUUCUCGUGAAGAAUAGUUACAAUUUGCUCAAGAAUUCUCUGGUUUACUCGAAACAGGGCGGAGGAUUGAGAGAGUCUGUGUCAGGUAAAUUGGUUAGAGAGAAGAGACGUAGAGAAACGUUGGCAAGAUUAUGUAUCUUGGAUGGAAAACUUAGCCGUACAGAGCUUUCGAGCAUCGUGGGAGCCAACUACUGGCCCCAAGAAAUGAGCGAUUUGGCAGAUGUAUCUGUAUAUUCAGAAGGUGCAAAAAGUGCAUUAACACAGGCCUAG